UUUACAACGAAACAUCUGGUACCCGCCAUCUGGAAGGUGGCCUUCUGCUUCUAUACCUCACAGUAUCUCUCUUCGGAUUGGCUACAGUCCACGCUAACACCCACCAAAGAACCGCGUGAUAGUUGGGCCCUUGAAACAGCCGAUUCUGAAACUAAUGGGGGCUUAAUGAUAUCCCCAGCGGAAAUCGAAUCAAUGUCGGAAGUUGGAAAGCUGCGUGACCUUACUUUAGACGAGGCUGAUCGCACUCUCGACUCCGCAGUGCAACACACUCUUGGACUAGAAAGACUUGAAACCAAAAUGCUGGCUGAGUAA